AUCGAUCGUAGUAAAAGAGAGGUAGAAAGGUGGAUCCUGUGAAAGGAAGGUGAGGAAAGAUUUCGUACGUAGUUAGAGAGGAUCCGGUAAAAGAGUGCAAUGAUGGCGAACGGAAUGGACACAAUCGUGCAACAGAACGGCGGUUCGACCCUUGGACAAGCUUCCCAGGAAGAGUCCAAGACGAAUCUGAUCGUGAAUUACCUGCCACAGAAUAUGACACAGGAGGAGAUUCGUUCGCUAUUUUCAAGUAUAGGCGAGGUGGAGAGCUGCAAGUUGAUUCGCGAUAAACUCACCGGUAAGUUCACCCAAUUUUUCGAAGAGAACCUUUCCUUUGGUUUUCCUUCAAAAGGUCAGAGUUUGGGAUAUGGUUUCGUGAAUUAUCACCGGCCUGAGGAUGCUGAGAAGGCGAUAAACACGCUCAACGGUCUUCGUCUGCAAAACAAAACGAUCAAGGUAUCGUACGCGAGACCGAGCAGCGAGGCGAUCAAAGGCGCAAACCUGUACGUGAGCGGUUUGCCGAAGAACAUGACGCAACAAGACCUGGAGAACCUAUUCAGCCCGUACGGCAGAAUCAUCACGUCGCGGAUACUAUGCGACAAUAUCACCGGAUUGUCGAAGGGGGUCGGUUUCAUAAGGUUCGACCAGCGGGUCGAGGCCGAGAAGGCGAUCCAAGAAUUAAACGGUACCAUUCCGAAGGGCUCGUCCGAGCCGAUCACCGUCAAGUUCGCCAACAAUCCAAGCAACAACAACAAGGCGCUGCCACCGUUGGCUGCCUAUCUGGCACCGCAGGCGACUCGACGAUUUGGCGGCCCGAUCCACCAUCCAACCGGCCGCUUCAGGUACAGCCCGCUGGCAGGCGAUAUCCUGGCGAACUCGAUGUUGCCCGGUAACGCGAUGAACGGUUCCGGCUGGUGCAUCUUCGUGUACAAUCUCGCCCCAGAGACCGAGGAGAACGUGCUGUGGCAGUUAUUCGGUCCGUUUGGCGCCGUCCAGUCUGUCAAAGUGAUCCGCGACCUCCAGACGAACAAGUGCAAAGGCUUUGGUUUCGUGACGAUGACCAACUACGACGAGGCAGUAGUCGCUAUACAAAGCUUGAAUGGUUAUACGCUCGGCAACCGGGUACUUCAAGUCAGCUUCAAGACGAACAAGAGCAAGGCAGCGUAGGACAACAAGAAACGACACUACCAACACCACCAGCAACAACAACAACAACAACAACAACACCAUAACAAUCAUCAAACAGCAACAACUGGAGGAGCAGCGACAGAUAAAGCCGCAGUUGCUGCCGCCGUGAAAUCAGCAACAGCGGGCUCAGCCGCAGCAGCUGCCGCUGUGGUAACACCAGCGAGCAUCGCGGUUGCUCUCCAAGAUCUCGUCGCUUCUUAUGCUUCCACGAAGAAGAAGCAGCAACAGCUCGACCACCACCACCACCACCACCAUCUCCCUGUCGAUUCCGUGAUCAACAACCUGAACAAUCGUUAUCGCGGAGAGAAUAAUCGUAGUAACCAACAGCAGCAACAACAUCAGCAGCAACAGCUGCAAUGGAAAAGUAAUUAUAAUAAGUUGGCAGCGAGGAAGAGGUAUGAUAUGUACCUACGUGAAAUACUCUUCUCACCCUCGGAGUAUAAUUCCCGUCGGUAUAGAUUGCGCCUGCAGAUCGACGACGAAUUCGAGGACGACUUCGACAACGAAUUGGACGAAAUCGAUUUCAUGUAAAGGUAGAGGACGCUGACCUCCCUGGAGAACACUCGGGCUAGAGAGAGAGAGAGAGAGAGAUGAGAGAAUGAUACGAAGGGUGUGCGCGUGUGUGCGUGUAUACGUGUGCCUGUAGAAGGGUAACAAUGAUGCGUGUGUAGUAGGUGUAAGUGGGUGAAGGGGAGGGUUUUUAAAGAGGGUCGAGGAGGAAAGUAGUUGAAGAUGAAGAGAG